GGGUGCAAGCGCGGAGAGCUCGUGAGACAGAAAGCAUGCAAGCGGCGCAGCGAGCCGACUCCUGAUAGGCAGUGCGACCCGGGCAGCGAGCAAAGACACUCUCCAGCUCUGUUUAAUCCUAUGUUAGGAUUUUAACCUCAGAGAGAUAGCUCUUUACACGUCAAAACUCAAUAAUGUGAGAACCCUUUGGAGACGUAGUUUUUUUUAAGGCGUCGGCAAUUUUUAUUGUUAGCUAUUAUCGAGUGGUCUCUCUUGAUCGUAUAAGUAACAUCCUUUUGGGCUUUUAUUCGCAUAUACCAUUACACCACUGCCUGGGUAUCCCUGGAUUGAGAUGCUGCAAUGUCCCGAGGAAUAUUCCCACGCGUGAACUUUUGGUGGAUUUUGGCGUCGCUUGCGCUGCUGCUGAACGUGUCAGAUGUAAAACCUCACAGCUGCCACGAGGUGAAAACGGCUUUCCAGGUGCGCCAGAUUGGCCCUUUGAAAUGGGUACCAGAAACACCUGGAACAGAUGUUGACCUGCAGAUCUGCAAACACAAUGGCCCCACCUGCUGCACCCGCAAGAUGGAGGAGAGCUACCUUGCAGCCGUGCGGAGAGAGACAGUGCAGAACAUCCGCUCCUACAGCUUCGAGCUCAAGUACCUCAUCAUGAGCCACGCUGCCGCCUUCCAGGAUACGUUCCAGUCGCUGGUGUCCUUUUCCAUGAGUCACGUCAGCUCGCUGUUUGACAGCUCGUACCAGGCGCUGGCCCAGGACGCCAGCGGCCCCGUCGCCGAGCUCUUCUCCGACCUGGCGCUCUUCAUCCGCGGCGGCAACACCUCGGUGGAGUCGGCCGUGCACCGCUUCUACGACGCCCUCUUCCCGCCGGUCUACCGCCGGCUGCUGGCGCCGGGUGGGGCGGAGCUGGCGCCGGAGCGCCGCGACUGCCUCCGCAUGACCCGGCAGGACGUCAACCCGUUCGGGCCGCACCCGCGGGCGCUGGCCCAGGAGCUGUCGCGCUCGCUGCGGGCGGGCCGGGCUCUGAGCCGGGCGCUGGCGGCGGGCGAGGAGGCGCUGAACGCCACCGAGCAGGCGGCGGUGACGCGGGAGUGCGCCCGGGCGCUGGUGCGCAUGCAGUACUGCUCGCACUGCCGCGGGCUGACGCUCAUCAAGCCCUGCGCGGGGUACUGCCUCAACGUCAUGCGCGGCUGCCUGGCGGGCCUCUCCGAGCUCGACCGGCCCUGGCGGCGCUACGUCGCCAUCCUGCAGGACAUCAGCGCCUCCAUGGCCGACGCCCACGACCUGGAGCUCUCCCUGCUGGGUGUGCGUGCCCGGAUCGCGGACGCCAUUGUCUACGCCCAGCAGCACGCGCCCCAGCUGACCGCCACGGUGGAUAAAGUGUGCGGACAGCCCGCAGGGACAGCAACAAGCGCUCCCUCCUCGGUAACGGUCACUCCGCCCGUGACCCCGACGUCCUCUCUGACCCCCGCGACCCCGUCUCCACCACCGUCGGAAGCUCCUCUAGGCCGACUGGCCCACUUGAGGCGCUCCUUACCUCUGAAACCCUCCAAGAAAGAUAAACCUAAAAGUCUGAAAAAGAUAUCUAGGGAGCUAAUGGUCUACAUCCGGAACUACAAGUCCUUCUUCGGCGGGCUGCCCGACCUGCUGUGUGAGGGGGAGACGGUGGUGGACGACUUCAACUGCUGGAGCGGCGACGACGUCGUGCCGACGUCCAGUUACACAAGCCGUGUGGUUGACAGCGGCCUUCAGGCACAGAGGCAGAACCCAGAGGUCAAAGUGCGGAGUCCGGACGCCUUGUUGGCAGAGGUGAAAGAGAAGCUGGAGCGCUUCAACCAGGAGAUGGAGGACAGCUCACCCGGAUGGGGGACCCGGGGGGCGUGGGCGGACAUCGGCAGCGGGACAGUGGAGGGCAGUGCCGACUGCGACGAUGAGGAUGGCUGCCAGGGCUCGGGGGAGGGGACCGUCCAGGCCCCCCAUGAAGAACAGACUGUCUCCGUUGAGUGGGUUCCUCAGGAAAAGGGGAAGGGAGAUAUUGCGCCCCACUGGACCUCCACCAUCACCCCACGCAGGCUGGUCCCCAAGGCCUCGGGACGCGCCCCCACCGCCAGCGUAGCGCUGCCCACCCUGGCCCUGCUCCUGUCUGCCCUGGCGUUCCAGUGGACCCUGCUCUGAGCUCCUCCCCCCACGAAACCCCCCCA